GAAGACCACUUGGGUCCUGGAGUUCGUCAGCUAUGGCUGAGCAUCCUCGCCGGCCCGAGUAGCCGCUUCCUCCUGAGAAACAGUCAUAUAACUCCCAUGUGUCACCGAGCGAGCUUCUGUGCGAGAAUCCCGGAGGCUGAUUUCGGGGUAGGAGGGCGUGCAGGGUCGCGAGCCAAGAGGGCACGCUUCCUCCCGCCCCCGGAAACUCCGCCGUCAGCGGGGCCGUAUUGGACUACGCAGGCGCGAUCGGGUCCCCUUUGCGGCUGCCGUAAAGCGCGGCCGGCCCCGCCCCCAACGCGCCUCCUGGGACGCUGACGCCCAGGCGUGUUUUUGGGCGGGAAAAGGAGGCGGGCGAGCGGAGCGACUGUGGUCCCUGGUCGUCGGCCUGCGCCGGGCAGCCUCCUGCCCGUCAUGGGGCUGCUGGAGCUGUGCGAGCAGGAGUUCGGCACCGCCGACCUCUACCAGGUGCUGGGCGUGCGGCGCGAGGCUUCCGAGGGUGAGGUCCGGCGCGGCUACCACAAGGUGUCUCUGCAAGUGCACCCCGACCGCGCCGACGAGGACCAGAAGGAGCACGCCACCCGCCGCUUCCAGAUCUUGGGGAGAGUCUAUGCGGUUCUGAGUGACAAGGAGCAGAGAGCAGUGUACGAUGAACAGGGAACAGUGGACGAGGACUCCGCCGGCCUCGACCGGGACCGGGACUGGGACGCGUACUGGAGGCUACUCUUUAAAAAGAUAUCGCUGGAGGACAUCCAGGCUUUUGAAGAGACCUACAAAGGCUCUGAAGAAGAGCUCGCCGAUGUUAAGCAGGCCUAUCUGGACUUCAAGGGCGACAUGGACCAGAUUAUGGAGUCUGUGCUCUGUGUGCAGUACACAGACGAACCCCGGAUAAGAAACAUCAUUCAGCAAGCUAUUGAUGCCAAAGAGGUCCCAGCCUACAAUGCCUUCGUCAAAGAGUCCAAACAGAAGAUGAAUGCCAGGAAGAGGAGGGCUCAGGAAGAGGCUAAAGAGGCCGAGUUGAGCAGAAGGGAGCUGGGCCUGCAGGAAGGCGUGGGUAGCCUGAAGGCGCUCAUCCAGAGCAGACAAAAGGAUCGGCAAAAGGAAAUGGACAAUUUUCUGGCUCAGAUGGAAGCAAAAUACUGCAAACCUUCCAAAGGGAAAAGAGCGGCUCCCAAGAAGGAAAAGAAAUAGAGAAGUUUGUUCUGUUAAAAUACGUGGUCACUUAAGCCAGACAAGAUUCAUCAACUUGAUCUUAGUGUUUGCUAGAAUUCACCUGACUUUGUGCAAGGGCUUCACACGGUGGUUGGGAGGGUGAACUGACUAGGUUUGCUUCCAUGGGUUUCUGCCCAGGGAGUGAUGCACGCACCUGAGAGACACUCUGCCUACAGAAAACACCCUCGGAACCCUUGCUCAGCAUCUGUCUUAACAAUCCUCGUAGAGUCUCUUUUCCUGUUCCGCUGUUAUGUUUUGUCUUCUGUCCUUGUGGUAGAAGUGGGUGUUCAUAUUACUGCAGACUUUUUUUUUUUAGGUUGUAUAUGGCUAAAUAAAGAAAAACUUAAAAGGU